GUGUGUGUGUGUGUGUGUGAACAAUCUUAGCAACCAUUGAAUGAGAAAGGGACAACAAACUUUCAUGAAAAAUCAUGCUCGCGUGAGGUGGACAAGCAAAUUGACCAGUGUGUUGGUCCGGCUCUCGCCUUAGUGGGGGAGGCGUUGUGUUCAGCGUUCUUUAGUCAAGGCAUCGAAAAUUUGGCCAGUCCGAGCUGGGGUGUAGCGUGCUGCAAAAGCGAUCUCCGAGAUUGCGUCAACAUUGUUGUUGGGGUGUGAUAGCAAAGUGAUCCUAUUCAUUCCACCGACCGUACAAAGUGCUUCGAAUACGAAAAAUGGAAGGCGGUUUCAGAAGCAUCAUGCAUCUGAGCUAUCGUGAUUAUCGUGCGAUACCGGAGGAACUGCGUGGCACAGGCAGGGACCAGAUCGACGAGAUCUAUCUCAAAGAAAACCUCAUCCACUCGCUCCCGGAUUGGUUCUUCGUGGAGAUGGCGCAUUUGCGCUUCUUGUGUCUUGCGGGCAAUAUGAUCGAGUCUCUGCCGACCCAGAUCGGUCGGCUGGAGUGUCUGGAAACGCUUGACCUGUCCGAGAAUGCGCUCCAUCGCUUACCCCACACGGUUGGACGGUUGAAGAGGCUAACGAAGCUGUUGCUAAAUGGAAAUUACAUCCAUCAACUGUCUGCGGAAAUUGGCCAACUGCACAAACUCGAGGUGCUAGAAAUUCGCAAAAACCGUCUAACAAACAUUCCCGUCCAACUGUCACAGUGUGCCGCGCUGGAGGAUCUUCUGAUGGACGAUAAUCCCGGUUUGGUGUCCAUCCCAACGCGUCUUUUUAAUCUUCCCGCGCUGACGUACGUGUCCGCCGAGCGGUGCAACUUGUUUCAGCUACCGUUCACCAUCAACACCUCUACACUGUGCUUCGUUCUGCUGUUCAGCGGCAACCACAGCCUAACGCACUGUCCGGUUGCGCUGGAACGUUUCGCCCAACCGGACUACGAUGCAAUGGCGGACAAGAUGAAGCGUAUUAAAAAUCCACCCUGCUAUCGUCAGAUCCAUUGUAAUGCUGUGCCAUAUCUGCUCAACUUACCAUCCGAGCUAGUGCAACUGUGCAACCGGGAAAGGUCCGGUACUGUUCCGCACUCACUGUUCGAGAUAGCGUUACGGGCAUCAUCGCGAUCUAGGCUAACGCGGUGGGAUCAUCUGGAAAAGUUCGGUUUACCACAAUGCCUCAUGAAUCGGCUUAUCUAUGGAGCAGUGGCCUGCUGCAGUAGUGUUCCUUGUGGAAAGGAAAUAUUCUCCGAAGCUGUUUUGGCGCUUGUUAAGAGGAAAGAAUAUGCGCGAAACGUUGUGUUGAGCGUUUUGUUUUGCUCGAAGCUUUGUGCGGACCGAUGGUUCCAGUAUAACUGUGAUGCGUACGAGGAGCUCUCGUGGAAAAUUCCAAACUAAUGGCAGCAGUACCGCACCAGCUCAUUCACAACGGCUUUACAGACGGGACUACAAUUAAGAAUAUUGCGAAGUGAAAGAGAUUAUAUUACUGAAGAGUCACAAAUGGCGAUCUUUGCAUCAACCUCGCUUACCUCACUGUGGAUGGCAAUCACACCAUCCUCAGCAUUGGCUCGGAUAGAAAUCGAUGCAAACCCGUUCGGUUCCACAAUCACCUGCAGACCAGUGCAGUUUUCACCCUCACGGGCCCCGGAAAUGACGUCACAGUAGAUACCGGCCGGCAAUCCCGUCUGCAAGAUCACAUUCAUGUCCACGGGUUCGAGGUUGAACGCUACGAAUCCGACAUUUCCACGGGCAAACGCGAUCUGGUUGUUACCAUUGUCCCACCAAUGCAUCAACGGCGUUCCCCAGGCAAGAUUACGGAAGUGGAUCAUGCUAUACAUCUGACGCCAUCGGUGCUCACACACCCAACCGCCGCCGCACGUCUUGUCCGGGUUAAUGAUGGGCGAGAGUAGAUUGCCCUGCGCAUCGGCCGGUGGACCCUGAUCGAAGCUGGUGAAAUCGAACGAACUCAUAAUGCGCAGCUGGCCAAAAGGAUAGGCUGCAGCAAAGGCGGUAGCCAUUUUGUACGGCUUUGGUUGUUUGUACGUGAGGAUUCCAUCAUGGCCGCGCUGGUUAUCGUGAUUAUCUACGAACACGAACGCAUCGCGAGUAGAAAGCAGACCCCAGGAUUCGCCAAAGUUGGACAACCAACGGAGAGCGUCAUUUCCACCGAAUGCUCGGCCCAGAUAGUGCGAGAACAUAAACUCUGUGACCGUGCCGAGAUGUAUGUACUCGUACUUUCGGACCGCUUCGUGGCUACCCAUAUCGAUAACCUCCUGGGCGAGGAAAGCUCUCGAGCCGGGGGCAAAUCCGUACGCGGUGUUGAGGUUAUUGAGUCGUCCGAAGAUCACCUCCAGAUCUGCGGGCCACAUGUGCUUGGCGGCAUCCACACGGAACCCGGCUACUCCGAGCUCAAUCAGAUGGUUCAGGAAAUCGACGAUACGAUCACGAACCCACGGUACACCUUGGUUGAGAUCAUGCAGUCCUACAAGUUCACAGUUACGGA